CAUUAACAUCAGAACAGAGAGAACAGCUGUGUUUACACAUUGCUGAUCACAAGGAGGACCAUAUGACUGAGGAGAGAGGGGGUGAGAAGGAUCAGAGGACGCUGACAGAUCCGCACAGAUGAGCUAACGCGAACAUAAACCGAAGAUGAAGAAAAAUAAAAACUUACCUACAGUUUCCUAAUUGGACACCAUGAAAAGCCUGACAUUAUGUUGGAUAGCGUUAAAGGACGACUGAGUGCCUGCGUCAUUAUUACUGCACAGGAGCCAGAAGAAUGGCACCUCUCAUGAUGAGCUGUGCUGUGAUUCUUUUAUUAACAUGGAGUUUGUUCAGCUGGUCCUCCGCUCUGUAUUCCUCCAUCAGAGAAGAUUCUCACACAGCAGCCGCUGUCACCAAGAAGCUGCAGUAUCUGCUCGAACCACCUGUGUUUGCAGAAGUUAUCGGCAGACGAGGAGAAAACGUCACUUUACCGUGCAUCCUCAGAACUAAACCAAAGAAUUAUAAAGUCAAAUGGACAAAGGUGGAGCCCGAACGAGUCGGACUCGAGAACAUUGUCAUGAUAUCGAAUGCUAACACCUUUAAACCGUACGGCCUGCUUGGACGGAGAGCUUCUCUUCGGAGGGCCCACGCCAUGGACGCUUCACUGCUGCUCCGCCAUCUUGAGCUGGACGAUGGAGGCCAGUAUCGCUGUGAACUGAUAAACGGCAUAGAAGAUGAGAACGUCGUCAUUAAUUUGAGAAUUGAAGGUGUGGUCUUUCCGUAUCAAAGCAAACAUGGUCGCUACAGGUUCACCUACCCUGAAGCUAAGGAGGCUUGUGUUGAGCAAGAUGGCCGAUUAGCUACGUACGAUCAGCUAUACAGAGCCUGGACGGAGGGUCUGGACUGGUGUAAUGCAGGUUGGCUUCAUGACGGUACGGUCCACUAUCCAAUCAUCCGUCCUCGACCGGUCUGUGGAGGAGAGCUGCUACCAGGCAUCCGCAGCUAUGGACCAAAAGAUAAAGGCCACGACCGCUUUGAUGCUUUCUGCUUCACAUCUCUGAAUAAUGGCUCUGUUUCCUACAUUUCGGGGGCCCUUUCCUACGAUCAGGCGGAGCGCGCUUGCAGGGCUCGGGGAUCUGAGUUGGCAUUGGUGGGCCAGCUUUACGCCGCCUGGCGUUUUCAGAACUACGACCGGUGUGAUGGCGGAUGGCUUAAAGACGGCAGCGUUCGAUUUCCCAUCAGCAACCCCAGGAAUCGAUGUGGGGGCAUCGCAGAAGCAGGAGUCCGCACGUUUGGAUUCCCUGACAAGAUGACACACCUGUAUGGAGCCUAUUGCUACAGAUAACUUGAACAUGUCAAAGACUGGAGAAACCUGGAUUAUAAGAGGUUCAUGAUCAGAUAUUGUUCCGCUUUUUCUGCUGCAGCUUUCUUAAAGAUUUAGAAAUUUACUACUGUCAAUAAAAAUGAUCUCUGUACAGCAGCUGAUGCUCAGAAAAGCUAAAUCACUGGCAUAAACUCAGUAAUCCUAAUAUCUAUUGUUUGUCCUGUAGUCAUAUAUGAAUGGAACAUUAAAACAGAAUACAGGUGGUGGCUGAUGCUAUUUUUGCUAUCUGCAUUAAUUUAAUUUUUAAUUAAAUGCAAUUUUCUUGCCAAAUAGGAGCAGAGUUGGUUUUGGCCUCAACAAAUGGCAUUUACUUGUAUAGUGCUUUUCUACCUUUCUUGAAAGCCCAAAGUUUUACAGUCACAUUCAUCCAUUCACGGCGCUGCUGCUGAACACUGGUGCCAACCUUUCACCAGAGGCAAUGUAGGAUUCAAUGUCUUGCUCGAGGACACUUCCACAUGCAGGGUAAGGCAGGAAUUGAACCUACAAUCUUCCAAACAGAAGUCAACCGCCCAUACUGCUACACCAAAGCCACCCGUGCAACAAGUCCUGCCAGUCACAACAAAUCACUAGAUGCAAAAAACAUUUUAAAAAUCCUAAUGACAAUUUAAAAAGGUCAACAAAUAUAUAUACAUAUUAAUAUA